AUGCCACCAGCAGAGCAGACCGCGGCUACAAAGCCAGCCCAGCCACAGAAGACAAAAGAAAAUCUUAAUACCCCAUACAAGCAAGGCCGUCAGACUGGUCCCAGUGUCAAGCCUGCUCUGGAGUCGAUACCUUUGAACCGCCUUUCAAAGGUGACAGCCACGGCCAAGUUCAAGAUUUUCAAGCCAAAGAGAGAAACAGUCAAACCGAGACAUCUGGAGAAGAUACCACUGCCAUUUAUAUCGAGAUCUACUACAUACCACAGCAGCCAGAAGAAUUAUCAACAGCAGCAACAGCUGGAGAAGAUGGAGGAGGAGGAACUAAAGGCUGCCAUUUCACGCUCGCCUUCCCCUGGUUGCGGAGCCCUGCCGGACUGCUGGAGUUGCGGCACAGAGUUGGGCGACUGUCCCCCAUGCAGCUGCGAGGAGUGUGGCAUGCCCAAUUAA